GGAGGGGGGCUGUGUCCUAACUGGGACGUCCCACUGGAAAUGUCUUCUGUGUGAACUGCUGUGGCUGUUAGAUCGUCCCGGGCCCCGCAUACUGCUGACUUCUCUUCUGGUAUCCCUGCUCUGCAAAGCUAUAGACUUUGAAGAUGAGGGUGUGGAUCGUCUUCGUCCUGUGCCUGGCUGGCCACGCCAUGGCUGCUCCUACUGAGGAAGAGCCUAUCGUGGAAGAGCCCAUCGUGGAAGAGAUGGUAACUGAGGAGCCAGUUGUUGAGGAGGCCGAGGUGGGGGCCAACCCAGUGCAGAUUGAGGUUGGAGAGUUUGAUGAGGCCAUUGAAGUUGUUGAAGAUGUUGUUGCUGAGAAUCCCUGCCUGAACCACCACUGCAAGAAGGGCAAAGUUUGCGAGAUCGACGAGAGCAACACGCCCAUGUGUGUGUGCCAGGAUCCCUCCACCUGCCCCGCUGCUGAGGGAGAGUUCGAGCAUGUUUGCGGCACUGACAACAAGACCUACGACACCUCUUGCCACUUCUUUGCCACCAAGUGCACCCUGGAGGGAACCAAGAAGGGCCACAAGCUGCACCUUGACUACAUCGGAUCCUGCAAAUUCAUCGAGCCCUGCCUGGACACUGAGCUCACCGAGUUCCCCCUGCGUAUGAGGGACUGGCUGAAGAACGUUCUGGUGACCCUGUACGAGCGCGAUGAGGACAACAACCUGCUGACCGAGAAGCAGAAGCUCAGGGUGAAGAAGAUCUAUGAGAAUGAGAAGAGGCUGCAGGCUGGCGAUCACUCUCUGGACCUGCUGGCUCACGACUUCGAGAAGAACUACAACAUGUACAUCUUCCCAGUCCACUGGCAGUUCGGCCAGCUUGACCAGCACCCCAACGACGGAUACCUGACCCACACAGAGCUCUCCCCACUGCGCGCCCCUCUCAUUCCCAUGGAGCAUUGCACCACCCGCUUCUUCGAGCAGUGUGACGCUGACAACGACAAAUACAUCGCCCUGGAGGAGUGGGCCGGCUGCUUCGGCAUCAAGGAGCAGGACGUGGACAACGACCUCAUCAUCUAAGCUCCUCUGAGCAGCAGCAGUAUGACAACCCCUAGUCGCUACUAACGGGACAAGGUGCUGAUCCCUAAGUUAAAAUAAAUCACAGUAACGGUGCUAAUUGCUAAUUAUUUUCUAUUUUGUUUUUCCAGUAAUGACCUUUUCUACCGAUACCACUAAAAAAAAAAAGAUUACAAAAGAGAAAUGUGCAUAGUCUGUACUAACCAUCACAAAUUCAUGCGACUUUGAAUUCUCUUGUUUGUUGAACCCAGUAGAGAAAACUAAAGACCUCUGAUGUAAAUGUAUGUUGUUGACAAUAUUAUAUAUGCUAUGAUUUGUGCAGGGUUUUAAUUGGAGAUCAAUUUGAAACAGUAUCUUGAGGAGACAAAACUGUAAAGUCAAAAAUAAAGUUUCUAAAUAAAUGCUCCCUCUGCUUGCUUUCUACAAACCAA